AUGGAGAAGUACCUGGUGCAGGACCUCCUUGAAAUUUGUGAGGACUUGGGCAUUUCCGCCGGGUCCGCAAAAACCAAGGAAGCGAUUCUCGAGGUGAUGCGGGCGGAGAACGUGACGAUCGAGGAAGCUGACGAGACUUGGGAGGAGAUUUGCGAGAAAAAGCGGAAGGCGGAGGAACGCGAAAUGCGCGAAAGGCAGGAAGCGGAGGAACGCGAUAGGCGCAAAAAGCGGGAGGCAGAGGAACGCGAAAGGCGCGAAGAGAGGCAGGCUCAGAGGCGUUGCGAAGAGCGAGCGCUAGAGGAGGAAGUGCGUCAGAGAGCGCGAGAACAAGAAGCACUUCGCGUGGCGCGAGAGUCUGAGGUGCUAAGCAAUGGGCGUGAGGACGAAGCGCGUAGCAAAGCGCUAGGAAUUGAGGCCCGUCGUAAAGCACUCGAGGACAAGGCGACUCGCAAGGCGAAGGAGGAAGAGGCGGUUCUUAAAGCGUUUGAGGAUGACGCGAGCCGCAAGGCACUAGAGAUUGAGGCCCAUCGCACGGCGCUACAGGCCGAGGCGCGCCGCGAAGACCAAGAGGUCGAGAAACGUCGCGACGUGCUGGAGGCUGAAGCUCGUCGCGAGGCGCAGGACGCCGAAGUGCGUCAUGGUGAUGAGAAGGCCGACUUCGAAGGCCAAAGAAAAGGUUGUACUCGCGACAUUGGUACACCGCCACUAAUUGAGACAUCGCAAGGCGAGCCGGCUAGUUCCAGUAAAACGCUGCUGAGCCGUGGAGGUCACUCCUCGAGGAAAGAGUGGUACAACCACAGUUGA